AUGUCAUUGGCCGCAGAAAUCCGGGGACUGACAUACAAAUUUCCCCACAACAACUCAGCCGCCUUAUCGGAGAUAGAGCUGGAAAUCCCCUGGCACACGCGCACGCUGGUUGUGGGAUCUAAUGGAGCGGGAAAAUCGACGUUGCUGAAGCUACUGAGCGGCAAAAACCUGUGUUUGACUGGCCACAUACGAGUCAAUGGACUGGACCCGUUUAGCCCCCAUUCCAUGCACAAAAACGAGAGCGACGAGUGCCAAAUAACCACCUACCUGGGCACAGAGUGGUGUCACAUGUCAAUCAUCAACCGUGACAUUGGCGUGCAGGAGCUGCUAGACAGUAUCGGACUACAGCAUCACUUGGAGCGCGGCCAGAUGCUGAUCGACAUUUUGGACGUGGACGUGAAUUGGCGCAUGCACCGGCUCAGCGAUGGCCAAAAGCGACGCGUGCAGCUGGCGAUGGGACUGCUAAUACCAUGGCGCCUGCUUUUGCUUGACGAGGUGACCGUGGAUCUCGAUGUCUUGGCUCGGAGCCGCCUAUUGGCCUUUCUGCAACAAGAGACCAGCGUACGACGCUGCAGUAUUGUUUACGCAACGCAUAUAUUCGACGGCCUUGCCGAAUGGCCUGAUAAGGUCCUGCACCUGCGCAAUGGUCGUAUAGUUCAGCAACUGUCGUAUCCUGCAGACGUCAAGUUCGAUCUCCAAGGUACCAACGACGGGACCGUCAUUCAAAAUCCAGACAACAACUCCGUCAGAAUUGGUUACGCGAAAUCCUUGCACCCUUUGGCACUAGCCUGGCUCUCCACAGACGAGAACAAGCUCGCGACGAACCAGCGACUCUGA